AUGAUUAAUUUAGAUGAAUUCGAGGGCGAUCGCGACGAGAUAGAAACGCAAUAUUGCAAGAUUUUGUCUACAAUAGAUAAUUUAUUGGCCGGUUGUAGACAAAGUAAUGCAAGCGCGCAGAAUGUGUCUGAGUCAGCUUCAGCUAAAGAGGAAGUACGAGCAGAAGACAUAUUUGAACAAAACGUCAGUAGGGAUUCAAAUGGUAGAUUUGAAGUUGCGUUACCAUUUAGAAGCGAUCCGCGUAUUUCUCUUGGGUCCACUUAUUCACAAGCGUACAAAAGAUUUAUGAAUUUGGAAAAAAGAUUAACAAAUAAUGGUCUAUCUUUGAAUGACAUACUGCUACCGGGACCGCGUUUACAAAAAGAUUUGUUUACCAUAUUAAUUAGAUUUAGGACACAUAGAUAUGUAUUUACGGCGGACAUAGUCAAGAUGUUUCGUCAAAUUAAAAUUAAAUCCGAACAUCAGGACUACCAGAGAAUUUUAUGGCGUGAGGCGCCCGGAAUGCCUGUAGGAUGCUAUAAGUUAAAUACCGUAACGUAUGGCACUAAUUGCGCGCCAUAUUUAGCAAUGAAAUGCCUUGAAAAGUUAGCUAUAGAUUAUAAUGAAAUAUAUUCAAAAGCGUCCAAAAUUCUACAGUCAGAUUGUUACGUGGACGAUAUAAUAUCCGGUGCAGACACUUUACAAGAAGCAAAAUUAUUAAUAACCGAAAUUAAUGAUCUCCUAGCCGAAGGGGGGUUUGAAUUGCAUAAGUGGUCAAGCAAUAAUAUAGAAUUAAUUAAUGAUAAGAAUAUAGGUGAAAAUAUAAAUGUAGGGUUUGACAAAGAAAAGAUAAUUAAAACUUUAGGGGUUAUAUGGCAACCUACAUCUGAUAAUUUUAAAAUUUAUAACAACGUUUUAGCUAUAGACAAUAUACAAACCAAACGAAAAAUUUUAGCAUCUAUAGCUAGCAUAUUCGAUCCGUUAGGAUUCAUUACUCCGGUAGUUAUAACUUCAAAACUUAUUAUGCAGCAAUUAUGGAGAGAAAAUAAUGAUUGGGAUGAACCGGUUACGGAAAAUUUAUUAAAAAGCUGGCAAUUAUUUUCGAAACAAUUAGAGAUUUUACAGCAGCUAACAAUACCUCGGCAAUUGAAUCUUUUUAAAACAAUAGAAAAACGCUCAAUUCACGGUUUCGCGGAUGCUUCAAUGAAAGCAUAUGGAGCAUGUUUAUAUUUAUGCGUAACCUAUCAGGAUGGGACAUGCUCUUCAAAAUUAAUAUGUUCAAAAUCGCGUGUAGCACCGCUGAAACAAAUUACCUUACCGCGUCUAGAGUUAUGUGCCGCGCUAUUGUUAGCUCGCUUAUUUAAUAAGGUAAGCCAUAGUUUAGAAUACGUGAUAAAAGAAAACGUACUGCGGAGCGAUUCCAGUAUAACGUUAUCAUGGCUAAAUUCCGAGCCUUGUACGUGGCAAAUCUUUGUUGCAAACAGAGUAUCGGAAAUUCAAAAACUUACAUCACACGCCACUUGGAAACAUGUUCCUUCCAAAGAGAAUCCAGCGGAUUUAAUAAGUCGCGGAAUUACACCGUUAGAUUUACAAAAUUCAGCUUUAUGGUGGAACGGUCCGGAUUGGCUCGCAAAUUCGAAUAAUUGGCCAAAAAAGUUUACAAUUCCCGAUAAUAUAGAAUUGCCAGAUAAAAGAAAAUCAGUUGUGACACUGGAAGUUUAUAAUAAAGAAUUAACUAAGUUAAAUAUUAAUCAAGACUCGUCCAACGCUUUUGAAAAAUCAUUGAUAAAACUGAAUCCGUUUGUAGGUGCGAACGAUUUAUUGCGAGUGGGCGGGAGACUACGGCGUGCAAAUAUUCCAUACGAUCAAAUGCACCCGAUAAUUUUACCAGCAAAGCAUCCAAUAACAACAAUGAUUAUUAGGCAAGAACAUUUGCGUUUACUACAUGCAGGAACCCAAACUACUCUCGCUAAUAUAAGACUUAAAUACUGGCCGAUAAAUGGUAGAAGAGAGGUUAAAAAGGUUAUUCAUAGUUGCGUCACUUGUUAUAAAUUCAGAGUAACAACACAAACACAAUUGAUGUCCGAUCUACCACUAAGCAGAAUUAAUCCAGUAAGACCUUUUUUAAACGUAGGAACCGACUACGCCGGCCCAAUUAUGCUAAAAUCAAGUAGAUUGCGCAAGGCUCCCUUAAUCAAAUCGUACAUUGCGCUUUUUAUUUGUUUUGUUACCAAGGCGAUACAUUUAGAGUUAGUAACAAGUUUGUCUACAGAUGCAUUCAUAGCCGCUUUAAGACGUUUUAUAUCUCGACGAGGUCGCUGCGCCACGAUUCAUAGUGAUAAUGGUACAAAUUUUGUAGGGGCAAAGCACCAUUUACACGAACUUUUUAAAUAUUUUAAGAAUGAACAAGAAAGAAACAAAUUAAUUGAAGCCGUAUCAGUGGAGGGCAUCGAAUGGAAAUUCAUUCCAGCUCAUGCUCCACACUUUGGCGGUCUUUGGGAAGGGGCUAUAAAAUUAGUUAAAUUGCACAUACGCAGAGUAAUAGGCAACACAAUAUUAACAUUUGAAGAGUAUUACACAUUUCUAACCCAAGUAGAAGCCAUAGUAAAUUCGCGUCCAUUGAUAGCUGUUUCCGAUGACGUUACGGAUUGCGGAUAUUUAAGCCCGGGACACUUUUUAAUUAAUGAUGUGAUAGCCUCAUUUCCUGAGCCCCAAUCAAAAUGUAAUAAUGAUAUCUUGAAAUGUUGGCAAGAUGUCAAUAACUUAAAACAUAUGUUUUGGAAUCGCUGGUCUACUGAAUACUUGUCUCAACUACAAGGACGUAAAAAAUGGUAUAAAACCAACCCAAAUCUUCAGAAUGGAACAAUAGUUUUAGUGAAAGAGGACCAUAUACCACCUCUCCAAUGGAAUAUUGCAAAAGUAGUUGAGACAAAAAAGGGACCAGACGAUAAAAUACGAGUCGCAAUAAUUAAAACAGCAAAAGGGUUAUAUACUCGGCCUAUCACAAAAUUAUGCCCACUUCCAUUUAAUAUGUAA